GCUGCUACUAACUAAUCAACAGCAUCACAAGACACGAUUGGAACACCACCUUGAAUUCCCGUGUUAUUACACAUUCAGAAGUUGCUCAGAAAUUAUCAUGGAAGUACAACCGCUUUGCCGGAUUUGUCGUGGUGAGCACACGGAUCUCGAACCCUUGUUGCAUCCUUGUAAGUGCAAAGGAUCAAUCAAGUAUAUUCAUCAACACUGUUUAAUGGAAUGGCUUAAACACAGCAACAAAUCGGUCAAAAAGUGUGAUAUCUGUAAUACCCCAUACCAGUUCAGAACCAUCUACGAUCCCAAAAUGCCCGCUCGAAUCCCACUCCUGCUGAUCUUACUAAAGUUGAUGUCGAGUAUUGGCAAAACCGUCGGCAAAGGUAUCUCCAUAUUGUUAUACAUCGUUUGUGUUUGCAUACAAGUUCCAAUAUUUUUCAAAUUCAUGGGGCGGCUUUGUACGUGGGGGAUUGAUGGGCGUUUGCCACCAGAAAACCCCAAGUUUAUCGAGGCUCUUUUGUACGGAGAAAGCACCUUCAACUCAAUAUCGUUUGACAACCCUGCAGACUUGACUUUCCACAAGCUCAGACAUUUCUUGGACCACACAUACUCUAGCGGAGUCAUCUAUAUUCUCGUGUAUGUGCUUGUACACUUGGCUCUUUUUGUGGAGCAUGAAUGGGUGGUACGUGACGAAGGGUACACAAAGAUGUUGAUGAAAAGAAUUGGCAAAGAACCCAAGUCCAAACUCGCCGACAUGUUUCAGGACGCAUUGAAUGGGUUACGGCAGGAAGCUCGUGAUGGCAAUGCCAACGCCGGCGAUGUGGUGGAUAGAAUCGAGUUGAUCGCGCAUGCCAUUAAUGAUUUAAACGGACCCAAUUUGCAGAGGAGACGGCAGGACGAGUUGAUUGCCGAACUACAAGAGAAUACUCGUCGAUUCCGGGACGUAGACGAGAAUGAAGCCCAUACUGAUGUGCCUAUGGACGCUGAACCGAGUAACGCUGUAGGUGCCCCUAUCCAUCAUAAUGACGGGGAUAAUCACGAAGAUGGAGAUGGAGAUGAAAACGACAAUGAUGAUAACAAUAACAACGAGAAUAACGACACUAACAACAACGAUAAUGGCAACGACCGGUUGCAAGCGCAAGAAGAAUUCGACAGAAUGAUGGACGAUGUACUAAAUGAUGGUGAAGAUGGCGAAGAUGGCGAUGAAAACAACGUAUUUGCAAUGUUGGGCUUGAACUUGAACAUGUCUACUCCCAUAUUGUUGAUGAUAAUGUGUGAUGCAGUGAUUAGCGUCUAUUUAUUCAUAACUUAUUUGAUCCCCCAGUCGUUGGGGAGUGCUUUGGUAGGAGCUAAUGCUGUUUUAUUCCAAGUUGCAAAGACUGUUGUACUUGAACGGCCUUUGAAGUUGAUGGACUUCUUACUAUACAUCUUUUACGAUAUGGUUUAUGUCCCUACCAUUGAGGUAUUUUCUGACUUGCUUAGAUUAACUCAACACCAACCUAGUAUGGUAGAAAGAACCAUAACCAUUGUAACUGGAUACUUGUUUAUCGGGUGUAUUGCGUAUAUGGUGAUGAAGGGCUUAUCGAAAAACCAACUGCCCGUGGUGGGAACUCCUAGAAGGGUGUACUCUGCUUUAUUUGAGUGUUUUGCAACCCUCAAAGUAUUCUUUAUAUUCUCCAUUGAGAUAUUCUUUUUCCCAGUUUACUGUGGUUGGCUACUUGACUUUUGUUUUGCACCAGUGCUAUUGGACAAUUUUCAAGUGACGUCCCACGAGUAUUUGGUGUUGUUCACUUCAGUUUCAAGCUACUUUUCUGCCAAUUAUGUCAGAAUUACCUUGUACUGGGCUUAUGGAACGUUAUACAUGUUGUCAUUUGCAUUAUUCAUAGGAAUGACUAGAAACAAAAUCUUGAGACCUGGGGUGUUAUUCUUCAUUAGGAGUCCCGAUGACCCGAAUGCCAGGCUUAUACACGAUGCAUUAGUGAAGCCAUUGGGAUUGCAGUUAUCCAGAAUAUAUUUGAGUGGGAAAGUGUAUACGGCUUUCAUUUUCAUUGGCAUUGGAAGCGUGACUUGGGGAUUGAGAUACUUGUUAAACCCAGAGCUUUUGUCUAGCCAUAAAAAUGUAUUACUUCCGGUAAAGUUGUAUGCAUAUGGAGACUUGGUGAUUUCAGCGUUUGCAGUUUUAGCUUUAAUCACAAAUAAGGGGUUGAUUAGUCGGUACGUUGAGAUUUACUGGAAGAGAGCCUUUGAGCUCUCUUGUCACAAGUUGAGAUUAUCUCACUUCAUCCUAGGAAAACCUAUUCCACAAGAAAGAGGAUAUGUUGUGUAUCGCAGUUGGAGAGAUCUGAUUUUGGGUACCAAGCAACCUGACUACUCCAACCCAGUGACUUAUAAGGAAGCACUCCAGAUGUUUCAAACAACAGAUGCAGCUUGUUUCUUCGUGCCAAAUGGUACGUACAUAAGAGUUCCAGACAACGAUACUGUUUCAAGGAAGUAUAUCAAACACCUUUUUGUGUCCGUCACUAAAGACGACAGACUAUUGAGUGUAAACGAUAUUGUUGAAGAAUCCGUAGAAGAUCCUGAAGAUGACUCAAAUGAUGAGGAAACCACAACGGAAGACAACUAUACCGUCGUUUAUAACCCCCCACACUUGAAAGUCCGGUGCGUGGAAUUAAUUAUAAUGUUGUGGGUGUUUGCAGUACUUUUGAUUAUUUCAUUAUUCCUAACAGCAGUCGUCCUAGGAAAGCCGGUUACAAAGGCUAUAAGCGUGGUUACUGGAUUUGGUGAUUUCUUGGCUGUUCGUGGACUGUCAGGAGCAUUAAAGAGUAUAGAAAAGUUCAUUAACCGGAACAACUGGAAGUUGGCAGAUAUUACAUCAUUAAGCAUAGGUGCGUUGAUGGAGUUGAUGACACUUGCAUACUAUCACAACCAUUAUGUUGCUAUCAACGAGCUCGACCAUGUUGAUGUGUGGAACAACUUGUUUCUUUUCAAUAAUGAAAAUGGGGGAAACAAUAACGGCAACAACGACAGAUUAGCAAUCAACGUUAGAAUUGGAAGGAACUUUGCUAUUCCCCUAAAUGCCAUCACUGCUGCAUCAACUUUCCUGUCCGCUUUAUUGAGUACUCUUUGGAUGGUUAAUGCUCAUGUAUUUGUAGUGGACGUUCCAUUAAGAAUCUACAAGGACAUUGACGUUUUACCAUUCUCCGACUUCUAUAUCGAUAGGUGGGCAAUUGCAGGGCACUUAUUGAUCAGUCCAUGGACAAUCUGGCCCAAUAUUCGUCUCUUUUUUAGCAGAGACCUUCGAGGUGUCGAAACUUUCAGUUUCAAGGAAGUACUUCACAGGUACGAUCUCUAUCAGAACUUGGUAAAAUUCUGUGUUCUAAUAUCCUGUGCCGUCUUCAUCACCUACAAAAUGCAUCAUCAGACUUAUGAAACCCUGGACUUGCUAGUUGCACCGAUUGCAUUUGGUGGUUUCGUUGUGGUGCAUUCGUUUUUCAGGUUGAAGACUUUAUUCAACUUCUACGACCAACAGAUCAAGAACGAAAAGUAUGUUAGGGGAAGAGCAUUGGAGAAUAUUGAUGGUUAAUAGACUUUACCACUUUCAUGAAUAUAAAAUACACUAAUUAUACUACUCUAA